AUGCCAGCAAUUGCUCACAAUUUGGCGGUGACUUGCGCCUGUUAUAUUAUAAUUAAUAGUAUUUCAAAAAAAGUUAAAUCCAGACGUAGACGGCGCUGGUGGGAGCUUGAAGUGUUUAGAAACCGAAACAAACAUGGUGGAAUACCAUUGAUGCGAGAUUUAAAAUUUCAGCAUACCAGUGGAAAAUACAAAAACUUCACUCGCAUGUCACCCAUUGAUGUUGAGUAUUUAAUAAACAUGAUUGGCCCAGUGAUUAAAAAAACUGAUACCAAAUUUAGAAACGCGAUUUCAGUGAAAGAAAGACUUAGUAUUACUCUAAGAUUCCUCGCAAGUGGGGAUUCUUUUACAAGUUUGCAAUAUACUUUCAGAGUAUCGAAGCAAGCAAUUAGUCUAAUAGUACCAGAGACUUGUCAAGCUAUUCUCAAUGUAUUAAAACAACAAAUAAAGUUACCGAACACGCCUCAUAAAUGGGAACAAAUCAGCGCAGAAUUUCUGAAUAUGUGGAACCUACCAAACGCAGUUGGUGCAAUGGAUGGAAAGCAUAUCACGUUGCAGGCUCCUUUUAAUUCUGGAUCUGAGUUUUUUAACUACAAAGACUUUUUCAGUAUCGUUAUGUUUGCUCUUGUGGAUGCCUCCUACAACUUUUUAUUUGUGGAUGUUGGGUGUCAAGGAAGGAUUUCAGAUGGUGGGGUAUUUAAUAAUUCCGUAUUGAAGACAAAAAUUGAUAACGACUCAUUGAAUCUUCCACCCCCGAAGGCAUUAGAAGGAACAGAUUACAUUGUUCCAAAUUACUUUGUUGCUGAUAGUGCAUUUCCUUUAAGCAACUAUAUUAUGAAACCCUAUUCAGGGCAACAUGCCAAAGGGUCAAUGAAACGUGUAUUUAACUAUAGGCUUUCAAGAGCACGCAGGGUUGUAGAAAAUACUUUUGGUAUUCUGUCAAGUGUUUUUAGACUUUUAAGGAAACCAUUGCUGCUUGAACCUGAAAAGGCUCAGUUGAUAGUGAUGACUAUAUGCCACCUUCAUAAUUUUCUACGGAGAAGCCCAAAUUCUGUUAAUACGUAUACGCCGAGAGGUACAUUUGAUACAGAGAUAGAAGGCACAAUAGUACCCGGAAGAUGGAGGGUGGAUAAUACCGCCACAACAUCGUUUUUGCCAAUAACGAAUACUCCUCGUAGACCAACAUUAACAGCGGUAAAUAUGAGAGACCAAAUUGCUGAAUAUUGUUAUAAUGUAAGAACAUUACCAUGGCAAAAUGAUGCAUAG